AUGGUAUUCACCAAACUCAUUAUUGCUGGAAGCACCGGCUGGGUGGCGGAUCAUGCCAUCCGCGCCAUCUUGGCAUCUACAAAGCCGAAGUUCGAGGUUACCAUCUUGACCCGAGCCGACAGCGGCAAAGAAGCACCAUCCGGACCAGGCGCAAAACUAAUCGCGGUUGACUACAACAACCACAAUCAACUUGUGAAAAUCAUCACCGGAGCUGACGCAAUUCUGUCGUUCAUUUCUGGACCUCCAUCCAAAAUCAUUGAUAAGCUGCUACUAAAGGCCGCGCAAGAGGCUGGCGUCCGACGCAUUUUCCCGUCGGAGUACACUCUCGAUAUUUUGCACCCAGACGCAGCUACUCUUUUGACUGAAGGUGGAAAUUGGCCUGAAGACAGCUCGCCCGUGCUCACGGCCCGCAAAUUUGUUUCUCUGGCUCAAGAAGGUGGACCUACGAGCUUCACGACUCUGAUUCCAUCUGCAUUUAUGGAUGGAUGGCUUGAGGGAGCCUUUGGCUCGUUUGACCCUAAAAAUCGUAAAGUUUCUGUCGUUGAUAGUGGAGAUUUUACUUUCUCAGGUUGUACGCUCCCCUACCUUGGAGCUGCCAUCGUUGCAGUUCUCCAAAUGGACGAGGGGAAAACCAAGAAUAAACGCAUUCAUAUUAGCGAGAUUCGUACUACUAUGAACAAAAUCACGGAAACCUAUGAGGAGACCUUGGGCACUAAGUUUGAGAAGACGCACGUUAGUUCUCAAGAACUAGUGAAUCAACGCAAUGCGAACCUCGCAGCUGGUAAUCCUUUCGGUGCACUCUUCGUUACCAUUCUUGUGGGUGCUUUCAAUGGAUGUGGAGCGGGCGACCUAGCUGACGGCUUGGAUUUCGAUGGUGAUGGCUACUUGACGUUAAAGAAGAAGACGCUCAAGGAGAUGACAGUUGAGGCUUUACAGAAGAUUGGCGCUUAG